AUGUUCGCCCAGAAGAAGAAUGAUUCAUCCCAAAAGCUCUCACAUUCAGAAGCCACCAUUGCUGUUGCUUAUGGGAAAAACGACAUGGCCGAGAAGCUGGAAGAUGUAACUGAUAGAAAGAGUACUGUGCGGGGAAAUUGUUCACAUUUUAGAGCUCGUCUAGCCUCAUUCGUGGAAGCCGCCAUGGCUGCAAAACUUGUGGUGGUGGGAGAAGCUCUUGUUUCCUUGUCAAUAAGUCCCGCAACUUCACAAAUGCCAUUCUUUGAAAGGAUCAUGGACGCCAUAAUUCUGGUUGAUCUUCUUAUUCCCCUCAUCCGGCUGUUUUACCUUCUCCUGGAAAUCAAAAUUAUCCGCCAACUGAAACAUCCAAACACUGUGAAGUGUUAUGGAAAUGAAAUUCUAGCAGAAUCUGUGGGCAAGCACUUAGAGUUGGGAACUCCAUGUUAUGUAGCCCCAGAGGUUCUGCCAAAAAUAGAAUAUAAGAGAUCGCUUGAAGCUUCUGCUGCUGAUAUAUGGAGUUUGGGCUGUGUAAUCAUUAAAAUGUUCUCAGGGAAGCACCCUUGGCCUGGUUUUGAGCCGGUGCAGGCCUUCUAUAAAGUUUGUGUUGAACAGCAACAUCCGCCCAUACCGGAAGGGUUAUGCGAAGAGGGUAAAGGUUUUGUGGAACUCUGCUUCACAAGAACUCCGGCCGAGCGGCCAUCUGCUGCAGCAUUACCAGACCAUUCCUUUGUAAGAGCACAAACAACUUAG